CGCCCGGGCUGCUAUGGCCCUUCCCGGCAUCCCCUAUGAGCGACGGCUUCUCAUCAUGGCGGACCCUAGAGAUAAGGCGCUUCAGGACUACCGCAAGAAGCUGCUAGAACACAAGGAGAUUGACGGCCGUCUUAAGGAGCUAAGGGAACAAUUAAAAGAACUUACCAAGCAGUAUGAAAAGUCUGAAAAUGAUCUGAAGGCACUACAAAGUGUUGGACAGAUUGUAGGCGAAGUGCUUAAACAGUUAACAGAAGAAAAGUUCAUUGUUAAAGCAACAAACGGACCAAGAUACGUCGUAGGCUGUCGUCGGCAGCUUGAUAAAAGUAAGCUGAAGCCAGGAACCAGAGUUGCUUUGGAUAUGACCACCCUAACCAUCAUGAGGUAUCUGCCGAGAGAGGUGGAUCCAUUGGUUUAUAACAUGUCUCAUGAGGAUCCUGGAAAUGUAUCUUAUUCUGAGAUUGGAGGCCUGUCAGAACAGAUUCGGGAAUUAAGAGAGGUAAUAGAAUUACCUCUUACAAAUCCAGAAUUAUUCCAGCGUGUAGGAAUAAUACCUCCAAAAGGCUGUUUGCUCUAUGGACCACCAGGCACUGGGAAAACACUCUUGGCACGAGCUGUCGCCAGCCAGCUGGACUGCAACUUCCUAAAGGUUGUGUCAAGCUCUAUUGUAGACAAGUACAUUGGGGAAAGCGCUCGUUUGAUUAGAGAAAUGUUUAAUUAUGCCAGGGACCACCAGCCAUGCAUCAUUUUUAUGGAUGAAAUAGAUGCUAUUGGUGGUCGUCGGUUUUCUGAGGGAACAUCAGCUGACAGAGAGAUUCAGAGAACUUUAAUGGAGUUACUAAAUCAAAUGGAUGGAUUUGACACUCUUCAUAGAGUUAAAAUGAUCAUGGCUACAAACAGACCAGAUACACUGGAUCCUGCUUUGCUGCGCCCAGGAAGAUUAGAUAGAAAAAUACAUAUUGAUUUACCAAAUGAACAAGCAAGAUUAGAUAUAUUGAAAAUCCACGCUGGUCCUAUUACAAAGCAUGGUGAAAUAGAUUAUGAAGCCAUUGUAAAGCUUUCAGAUGGCUUUAAUGGAGCAGACCUGAGAAAUGUUUGUACUGAAGCAGGUAUGUUUGCAAUUCGUGCUGAUCAUGAUUUUGUAGUUCAGGAAGACUUCAUGAAAGCAGUCAGAAAAGUGGCUGACUCCAAGAAGCUAGAGUCCAAACUGGACUAUAAACCUGUGUAAUUUUCUAUAAGGUUUUUGGUGGCUGCAUGACAGACAUUGGCUUAAUGUAAAAAUAAAGUUAAGGAAAAUAAUGUAUGUAUUGGCAAUGAUCUCAUUAAAAGUGAAUAAACAUGUAUAAGCAACAUAAUAAGCAAUGUAACAGUAAUUCCUUUAAAACUGGUACAGAAGAAAGUUGUAUGUUUGUUAAUGUUGCAUUUACUGCAGCAGAACUUACAAAAGACACGCUGAAGCUUUUCGUAUUUGCUUUGUGAGCAUUUUGUACAACAUUCAAAAUGGUUGAGAUAGUAGAGGAGAGCAUUUCUUAUGACUUAUUUCAUAUCUUGUUUUCCUCGUCCUAAAAAAAAAAGCAAUAAAGUCUGUUUUAGCUGUCCUGUAUAUAUUCCUGUCUUUUCUAAGAGCAUUUAUUCUAGACCUUUUGGAUCAGUAAGUACAUGAUUUGAGAGCCUGGGAAACUGAAAAUUAAAAUAGGGCUUUGAAUUUUAUUUUAAAACAAUAUUCAGGGGCUGGGGUCGUAGCUCAGUGGUAGAGCGCUUGCCUAGGAAGCGCAAGGCCCUGGGUUCGGUCCCCAGCUCCGAAAAAAAGAACCAAAAAAAAAAAAAAAAAAAAAACAAUAUUCAAAGAGUCUACAAAAUUGUCUUCUUGUAUAUAUCAUACAGUGUGGGUAUGGAAUGCAUACAUGCAUUUGUGUCUUCCAAGAAAUCUCUGUACCUGCUGCAGUUAGGCUAUAACUUAAAGAUUAUGACUGGGAGUAAUGCUCAUAGUUAAUUUGGUUUAUGUCAAAAAGUAAUUGCCUUUUGAGGUCUGGAUCCAGGAAAGGUCCGUGUGGACAUAUAAUUUUACAUAUCCAUGAUUUCUAGAGAUGUAUUAUUUAUUUCCUAGGCUCACCAACAGAUGCUAUAACCAUCUUCCGGUAGAUACCAGGCUGAGAGUGUCUAUUCUAUGGAAUGUGAAUGUCAGAAAUGUUCAAAAUAAAAGUUCUGUUAUCUAUACACAAUUCUAAUUUCAUGUGGCAAUCAAAAGUUGUAUAAGGAAAUUGUCAAUGUCUAAAACUUGAUUAUUUAUAGUUAAAGCUUUGUUUAAAUAAAGAUACCAAACUUCAAUUUCAUAAGUACCAAAGGACUAACCAUAAAUAUAAAUGAUCUGGCUAGGUAUGUAA